CAUUAUUAAUCUCUAUAUAUGCACCUAACCCACUACUGCGCUUCAUCAAUCAAACCCAGUAGUUAAGCCUUUCCCAAAACCAUGGCCUCUAACCUCUUCUCCUCCGUAGCUCACCUUCUUGUCAUUCUCUUUCUCGUCUCCUCUUUCUCCUUGUCACUUGCACAGGAUCCUGCAUCAACUCCAGUCGCACUCGAUAAUGCCUGCAACUCCACUCUCUAUCCUUACGUCUGCAAAUCAAUGCUCCCUAGCAACCACUCAAACAAUAUCAAGGACUAUGGCCGGUUCUCGGUCCGCCGGUCUCUAUCAACAGCGAAGAAGUUCCUGAAUUUGAUUGAUCGGUAUCUCAAAAACCGGUCGACUUUGUCAACAACUGCCAUCCAGACACUCGAAGACUGCCGUUUCCUAGCGGGAUUAAACAUGGAUUUCUUAUCAACUACUCUGCAAACUCUCAAUUCUACCAAACCUCUCCUCAGCUUGGAAACUGACGACGUCCAAACUUUGCUUAGCGCCAUAAUGACUAACCAACAGACUUGUCUAGACGGCCUUCAGGUAACGAAAUCAGCUUGGAGCGUCAGGAAUGGUAUUUAUACCCCUCUCUCCGAUGGGAACAAACUCUACAGUGUCUCUCUGGCACUGUUCACUCGUGGCUGGGUUCAUAAAAAGAGCAAAGUAGUAAAGCCGAGGAAGCUUAUGUUCUCAGACAUGGAAGCGGUUCGAGACGGUCGCUUACCUCUGCAAAUGUCGAGACGAAACCUGGAGUUCUAUGAGUCGGUUAGCAGAAGGAAGCUUCUACAGACAACUGUGGCCGAUGUCCUAGUGAGUGACAUGGUGGUGGUGAGUCAGGACGGAAGCGGAAACUUCACCACCAUCAAUGAUGCAGUCGCUGCUGCUCCGAAUAACACCAAUGCCAGCGAUGGCUACUUCCUGAUUUACAUUGCCGCUGGGAUCUACGAGGAGUAUGUCUCCAUUGCCAAAAAUAAGAAGAAUCUGAUGAUGAUCGGAGAUGGCAUUAACCAGACUGUGAUCACUGGCAACCGAAGCGUGGUUGAUGGAUGGACCACAUUCAAUUCUGCAACCUUGGCUGUGGUUGGACAAGGGUUCGUCGCAAUAAAUAUAACAGUUCGCAACACUGCCGGAGCAAUCAAGCAUCAGGCGGUGGCGGUUCGGAAUGGAGCAGACUUGUCAACCUUCUACAGCUGUAGCUUCGAAGACUUGGUUUCUAGCAAUGGAACUACAAGCUCUUAUCUAGGACGACCAUGGAAAGAGUACUCUAGGACUGUCUAUCUGCAAUCUUUCAUUGAUAGCUUCAUAGAUCCAGCUGGUUGGAUAGCAUGGUCUGGAGAUUUUGCACUGAGCACACUCUACUACGCGGAAUACAACAAUACAGGCGCUGGAUCAGUGACAACGAACAGGGUUUCGUGGCAGGGUUACCAUGCGAUAAACGCUACAGAUGCAGCCAAUUUCACUGUCUCCAACUUUGUGUUGGGGGAUGACUGGUUACCUGCCACAGGAGUGCCUUACAGCGGUGGCUUACUAUGA